AUGUCAGACUUCAACCACACGAGCGCCUCUUUCUUCUUAACAGGCCUCCCAGGCCUUGAGGCUGUGCACGCCUGGCUCUGCAUUCCUCUGUGCGCUGUGUAUGUGGCAUCUCUGGGAGGGAACAGCCUGAUCCUGUGGGUGGUGAAGUCAGAGCCCUCCCUGCACCAGCCCAUGUACUAUUUUCUAUCGAUGCUAGCAGUGACUGACCUGGGCUUGUCUGCCUCCACUCUGCCCACCAUGCUCACUGUCUACAUGCUGGGUCUCAGGAAAGUGGCGAUGGACGUGUGCCUGGCUCAGCUCUUCUUCAUCCACACCUUCUCCAUCAUGGAGUCCUCCGUGCUGCUGACCAUGGCCUUUGACCGUGUGGUUGCCAUCAGCAACCCUCUGCGCUAUGGCACCAUCCUCACAAGUCCCCGGAUUGCCAGCCUGGGCCUGGCUAUCAUGGUGCGCAGCGUCAGUCUCCACAUCCCGGCCCCCAUUAUGCUGAAGAAGCUGCCUUACUGCCGCAAUCACCAGCUUUCUCACUCCUACUGCCUGCACCCAGAUGUCAUGAAGCUGGCCUGUGCCGACACCCACAUCAAUAGUGCCUAUGGCCUCUUUGUAGUGCUCUCCACGUUGGGUAUGGACGCAGUGCUCAUUGUCCUCUCCUACGGGCUGAUCUUCCACACAGUGCUAUCCAUUGCCUCCAAGGCUGAGCGCCUCAAAGCCCUCAACACUUGUGUCUCUCACAUCUGUGCUGUGCUACUUUUCUAUACACCUAUGAUUGGCCUGUCUAUGAUCCACAGAUUUGGGAGGCAGGCUUCCCCAUGCAGCCGUGUACUGCUCUCCUAUCUUCACUUUCUCACACCUCCGGUGCUCAAUCCAGUGGUUUACACCAUUAAGACCAAACAGAUCCGAUUGAGGAUGCUGCGCCUAUUCCGGUCAGGCGGGGCUGGCAUCGGAGACACUCAGGGUCAUUGA